UUGCACUAUAAAAGAACCCAAAAGCCAUUAACGGUCUCAUAAAAUAAAACCGCCUGUCGGCGACAUAUCCGAAUCACUGAAAAUGCAGUGCCAGCGCUUCUCCGCCGUGCUUUUUCUAAGCUUAUGCUUUAGAAUUGCGCAAGUAUACGCGCACGGGGAUUCUGAUCUGGACGAACAUUGGUACACCGGAACCGCCACGUGGUACGGCGACCCCGAAGGCAACGGUAGCAACGGAGGGGCAUGUGGGUAUGGUACGUUGGUGGACGUGAAGCCUUUGAAGGGAAGGGUGGCAGCAGUGGGGCCAGUGCUGUUUAAGAAGGGUGAAGGGUGUGGUGCUUGCUAUAAGGUCAAGUGUUUGGACCGUAGCAUUUGUUCCAAACGGGCAGUGACGGUUAUAAUAACCGAUGAGUGCCCGGGCUGUCGGACUGACCGAACGCACUUCGACCUCAGUGGCUCUGCCUUUGGCCGCAUGGCGCUUUCGGGUGAAAACGUUAAGCUCAGAAACCGAGGUGAAAUCCCAAUCCUUUAUCGAAGAGCAUCAUGCAAGUAUGGUGGCAAAAACAUUGUCUUCCAUGUCAAUGAAGGUUCCACACCUUUUUGGCUAUCUCUUCAGGUGGAGUUUCAAAAUGGAGAUGGGGUGAUUGGCUCCAUGCAUAUACAACAGGCAGGGUCGAGUGAGUGGCUGCAGAUGAAGCGUGAAUGGGGUGCAAAUUGGUGCAUCAUUAAGGGGCCAUUAAAAGGACCUUUCUCUGUUAAGCUAAGCACAUCCACAGGGAAAAGCCUCAUUGCCAAAGAUGUUAUUCCAAGCAAUUGGGCUCCAAAAGCCAGUUAUACUUCUCGCUUAAAUUUCCUGUCUUAACACAGGGUUUGCCAACUGAACAAUCACCAAGGCCCUUCUUCGCAAAGGGAGUAAUUAAUAAAGCACUUAUUACAAAGUUGAAGUUGCUCAAGUUCCAUAAUACAGAGAGUCAAACUACUUGGCCUUCGUGUCUUAGUGUUUUUUAAUAAGAAAGAAAAGUAGCCGUUGAGUGCACAAGGCUAUCCAAUGGUGUUUCCUUUUCUUAGUUUUAUUCUUUUGUUUUUGUAUACCUAUAAAUUUGUCAUUUUUGUGGUGUGCAACUGUUUGCACCAGAAGUCAUGGUAUUAUUGGUAGCCCUCUCCAAACAGGAGAGAGCCUGUAGUGUAUCUGAUAGGGAAGCAUACACAGCAACAGAAAACAGAAACAAAGAAGCAGAACCAGAGGUGCAAAUAGUGAAGCCCAAAAGAAAGAUUAAGAAACCAGCAUACCUCAGGGAUUUGGUUUAGAAGAUUAGCUGUGCUAGGAACAGGAUCUUGCUAGGAAUAAAAGUUGUCUGUUAUCAGGGGACAUCCCUAACAGAUUUGGGCAUUUUGUAAUAUUCCUGUAAUCACAAAGAGACAAAUCCUGCUAGUAAGGAAUCAUUAUAGAUAGCCAUGUAAUAAAGCAAGUGGAAAUCAAUGAGAAAUAUAGAAUUCCUCUCCUUCUUCGUUCUUCUUCUUCUUGGAGGAGCUGAC